CGCAGACUAGGAGUACACCUACUAGAGGCACACAGCCGCAACGAAGUCAACUUUUCAACUGAGCCUUCCGUCAAACUCCUGCUGGACAGCCUUUAAUCUGCCCAAAUGGCUAAAGGACUCAACAUACCGACAGCAAUGAUGGCCCUUCUUGGUAUCGCUCCCUGGGCGGUGUACCUGGGAGGUCUUGCGAAAUUGACCGACGUCUUAACCGACUUCGAUUUUCGUCAGGUUACAAAGCAAUAUGUUAUCAUGCUCGAGUGGUACAUCGUCAGCUCCCAGCUGAUCAACCUUAUUAUCAUCGUCAUCCUCGGUUUCGCGAAUGGCUUGCACCGAGCGCAUUCCUUUUUGAACAUGUUCCUCGCCGUUGCGUCGACUCUGAUGAUCCUGCAAGCCACCCUACGAGUACAGGAGAUCAACGCCGUACGCGAUGGCAUUGUUCUACCGGGUGACGCUGUUGUAACUCGACUCCUUGGCAUGAAGGAUAGUCCCCUGCCGUACCUCCGGGCCAUGGCGACUGGGCAGAUCGCCACCGCGACAUGGAACUUCUUCCUAGCAAUUCUCAUUAGCUUUGCUGGUACUGAGGCGGCUGUGCGCUCUAAGAGUCCCGAUGCCCAGGGUCAAAAGGCAAUGAUGGCAUAGGGGCAUCUGCGAUCCUUGCCCACAGGGGCUACAGGUUUUGUGACAGGAAAGGCGUUUCAUAUCAUUAGCCAUAUUGAACAUUACAAGCGCGUCUUGCUGGACUGAGCAGAUCUGAUAUGGGUUUCCCACGCUUUGAGCAUAUGAUGGACGCUUUGAAGUGGGAACCUGAACGUCCGGCGAAGAUGCUGGAACGUAUGUGGUCCCACCGCAACUCUAUCGUCCCCUUUGAUCGUUUCUCUUUUAUAACUUGCUUUGUCUGAAUUGCAAGGUAGGAUGCUGCUUAUAGGCAAUGUGGCAGCCCUUGCGCCCUCGGGCUCGUAUUGGGCGGUUUGCAGGGUAUGCACCGCCACGACCACGUAACACACAUAUCGUUAAGCCAUGCUUCUAUGCUACCGUACGCAACGGUCGUAUUCAGCAUAUUAAGCAUACGAUAUACAUCGAUGUAUGUGUCAAUUUAACUGCGACGUUGGGUAUCUAUAACGCUGAGACCGUAGAUUGUUCCCGUGCAAGGCAUGAGGUAACAUAGGCUGUAUCGCUAUUGUGCUAUCGUUUCAACGUUUGGAACUGUCCUAAAGUCGGCGAAAGUCGCGUUGAGCCUGCACCUUGGUUCGUCCAGGUUUACGGGCCUCGAGUGCCCUGCUGGAAUACAAAGCUAUAAAACGCUGGUUUAGGUGUCGAUGAUGUUAAGGGUUAGGCGUCGAUGAUUUACACCCUGCACUAAGGUGCGGUAUGCGCCCCCUUGAUCCCGUCGGAUGCAUUGUAAAACGAUUUUUAUC